AUGGCUUCCAACAUCGGCUCCGGGGGUACUCCACCUCAGAGUGUAGAGAACAUCACUCGCAUCGCCCAAAACUACGAGUACAAUUCAUCAGUUCGUUUGCGAUACUGGCUGAGGACGGCGGCGACAAUUUUACGAGAGGCCCAAAUCUACGAAUCCGAAGGACACGACGAACAAGCAUAUCUCCUCCUCUUCCGACACGCCCAGCUGAUUUUAGUUCAUCUUUCAAAACACCCGGAUACUACAAAGUAUGAAGAAGACCGCAAAGCUUUGGUGGCUGCCGAAAAAGAGGUAGAGAAGAACCUGAGCAAGCUAGAGGUUCUAAGGCCCAGGAUCAACAAGCGAUAUGAGCGCUACACUCAGUUGAUGCACGAGCGUCAGUCCCGCAAAUUGCCAACUAAAUCCAAAAUCAUUCCGGAGCCGCGAGAGCAAGUCGCAGACCCCGCCCUAGCCGGUGUCGCCGAGCCCUUGGAAGCCGGCGAAAACCGGGACCUUGCUGUUCAGCUUGCCCAGUAUGAGCUCAAUCGGCGUGCAACUGUCCGAGGGUCUAAAGGCGCAUCGCCAGAGGAAGUGGAGGUUCGCCGUACAGCCGGUGUGUGGGGUGACUGGGAAGCUGCAUCGAAGCCGGACACUCGAUCAGGCGAUCAAGACUUGAGCCGACGCAUUCAGAACAUCAGGUCCAACAUGAAUCACACGCAUCAGCCAUUUCAUGCUCAGCGGGCUAAAGAUUCAGUGAGCGGAGGUUCUUCAGUCUACAAAUAUCCAAGUGUGCCGCGUCAGAAGCCUCUGGAGCCCACUGUAUCACCGGGCCAGAUCGCCAUUCUUGAUAAGAAUGUAGAACGCCAUGCGCCUCCUAUCUUGCCUCCAAAGGAACGCAUUGAGCCGAGCAGGGCCUCGAUCAUCGAAACAAGUGUUCCGCCAACGCCAUUGAAAGUGGCACCAACCCCACCACUGCCCAACAAGGUAAGAGCAGAAGAAACAAGCAUCAAGCGGCCUGAUCUCGACCCAUCCAGUUAUACCUUCAAACCCUCCGCUUAUCUGGAAAAUGGUACUCCCUUGCGCUCCGUUUUUCUGCCAGCCAACCUCCGAAAUCGCUUCUUAUCCCUGGCUUCUCCCAAUACCCGCAACAACCUAGAGACAUGUGGAGUCCUCUGUGGUACUCUAGUCUCCAACGCACUCUUCAUAUCCAAAGUCGUGAUUCCAGAGCAGACAUCCACAUCGGACACCUGCGAAACGGUGAACGAGUCUGCUCUUUUCGACUACUGUGACUCAGAGGACCUAAUGGUUCUCGGAUGGAUCCACACGCAUCCAUCGCAGACCUGUUUCAUGAGCUCCCGCGACCUGCACACACAUUGCGGCUAUCAAGUCAUGCUCCCAGAGAGCAUCGCUAUCGUGUGCGCUCCAAGCAAAGAUCCGGACUGGGGCGUGUUCCGUCUGACUGACCCGCCAGGACUCAAGACUGUCUUGAGCUGUACGCAGACCGGUCUCUUCCACCCACAUGCGGAGGAAAACAUCUACACUGGAGCUUUACGACCGGGGCACGUGUUCGAGGUUGAUGGACUCCAGUUCGAGACAGUAGAUCUGCGACCUUAG